CCGCUACAGCCACGAAAACACUUUUCCAAUUUGAGAAUAUCCUUUUUUUUAAUAUUAUGCCGCUAAAAAAAAAUUAAUAUCAAUAAUUAGUUACUUAAUCUUUAAAAUGUCAAUAUUUAUUUGAUCUUAUAUAAUUGAGACAAUUAAAUAAUUAAAUUGUGAAAAUAAUCAGCGAGUUAAUUAAUUGUUGAUAAUAAAUAAUUAUUUGUUGGGUUUAAUAACUUUUUUAAUUGCUGUAAUAAAAGUUUUUUUUUAUUUGAUUACAGACGUUUUGAUGAUAAGUUGACAGAAACACAUGCGCAAAAUCAUAACCUAGAAUUUUGAAAUGUUUGAAUGGGUAAAAAUGAUGAGAAAAACGGAAAAUUGUCAAUGAAAAUUAAAACAGCAGAGAAAGAAAGUUAGAGAAUUAUGUAAUUUGAAAUUGCCGCUUUUGUAUUCGAUAUAAAAAUUCAAAAGUGGCGAAUUGUAAACUUAUUGCUGAUAAAAUGAAGAAAAUUGACUUGAAAUGGGCAACCAAAAGCGAACAAAAAGCAGGCCUGGUCAUUAGAGCGCAUGGAUGCUAAAAAUGACGUCAUUGAAUUUAAACUGAAGACUGAUAAAUUUAAAAAAAAUUUUGCCAAAUCAAAUGUUUCCUGAUAUUAAGAAAAAAAUUAUAAACCUUGACCUGUUGGCGUCAAGCCACAAAAGUUAUAUACCGCACUUAAUUUAGUUUAAUAUAUUUUAUAAGAUAAUAUUUUUACUUAAUCCGAUAAAAAUGUCUAACUUCAGGGUCACUUCAGAAAUACAUACGGAAAAUCGUAAUAUAACUUCAUUAAAUGAAAAAAAUAAUUCUACGAUUUCGAAAUUCAUAUUUAAUUAUCCAAUACAUAUGUUGAAUUUAAAAAAUAAGGAGAUAAAAUAUGAUAGCGAUGAAGAUUUAAUUUUAGACAGAUCGAAGACAGGCCAACUUUUUAUUGAGCACAGUAUUUCUACAGAACUUCAACUAGUUGGGUUACAGGUGUGGCGAGGAGCAUUUUUGUUAGCUGAUUAUAUUUUUGAUAAUCCUAAAAUAUUUAAAAAUAAAAAUAUUAUAGAAUUGGGAUCCGGCGUGGGACUGACAAGUAUCGUUGCUAGUAUGCUCGCUCAUAAAGUCACUUGUACCGACAUAAAUUCUCACGGAAUCAUUGAAUUAAUAAAAAGAAAUUUCGACCGGAAUUCUCGAUACAUCAAAUCUAAAUUCAAUGUCAUGGAAUUGAAUUUCUUAGAUUGCAACUGGUCGUCAGAUUUAAUGGAAAAAAUAUUAGAAACAACAAUUAUUCUAGCUGCAGAUGUAAUUUACGAUAAUGAAAUAACCGAAGGAUUCGUUGAUACUCUGAGCAAACUUUUGGAUUCGGAUACUAAACGAACGGCAUACGUUGCGUUGGAAAAACGUUUUGUAUUCACAAUAGCAGAUUUAGACUCUGUUGCUCCGAUGUAUGAAGAAUUUAUGCGUUGCAUUGCUAGACGUAACUUAAAUUGGAAUAUUGAAAAUGUAAAUAUUGAUUUUCCUCAAUAUUUUCAAUACAACCGUAAUAAGCAGUUGAUUUUAAUGAAAAUUUAUAGCAAAAAUUAAUUGAUAAAAAAAUUAUAGCUCAAUUUUUUAUAGAAAAAAAAAAUAAAUAAAAAAAUAAGGUAAAAGCCCCUAUACCCACUCACUUUUCAUUGGGGUGGGAUUAAAUCACUCAAUAUGAAUUAAUAAAUAAAAUGAAAAACCAUAUUUUUUUUUUAUAGUUAUUUUUUGAAGUUUCGAGUAUUAGAAUAAAAUUAUAGUUUGAAGAAUAAUGUUCGUAAUUAAUUAUUAUUAAUUUUUAAAAUAAGGUCCUUGAGUGUACCCAUAGUCGCUCAUUAAAAGUUGUGAUGUACCAUUACUCGAUCAAUACAUGGCCCCAUAGUCGUUCAAAGACGAUAUCAAUUAAACUUUGAUAAGUUUAUUGAUUUGGACAAAUAAUUUAUAAAUUAUACUACUUUAUUCUUUCAUAAUAUUAAAUUUCAUGAAUUUUAAAAAUGUAUCUAAUAAUGAUAUAUUUAUGAAAAUUCUUAAAAAAUUUGAUGCAACCUAAAUUUAAUCUAACGAAUGAACAUUAAAGUAAAAAAUGCCCGGCUAAGCGCGAUUUUGAAAAGUCAUUUAAUUUAAAUUUAUAAUCUAUUAUAAAAUAAUUUGAUACAUGAUAUUUUAAUAUAUUUAGAUUCACGAAUAAUUAUUUAUCAAUAAUAUUUUUAGUUGUAAUUUUUUUUUUUAUAAAAAUUAUAAAUAAAACGUCUUAAACAGUUAAAGUGAACGACUAAUGGUAUUGAGCGGGUCAUGUAUGAAAAUAACAUAUAUGAUCAAAAUAUAUGUAAAAAUAUAUGAUAAAUAUCUGAAAAUAUAUGUGGCCAAUUUAACUAUAUUUUCUGAUAUAUUUUUUUUUAUAUUAAAAAAUAUAAUAUUCAUCAUAUACGUCUGUAU